UGUAGUCUCUGAAUAACGUCCAACCAAGGCAGGAUAUUUUUUUCAGAAUUCUUUUCAUCAAACUUUUAUUUUGCCACCACUAUCAGCAGUAAGUGAUUUGAUCUGUCUAUUCUCUAUAUUUUAUAACAAUGGCAGCAAAAAAACAAAUUUCAUUUGUGACUGGAAAUGUGAAUAAACUGAAGGAAGUUGUCAAUAUUUUGGGGUCAGAGUUCACAGAGAAAGUUGAGAUAAAAAAUGUGGACAUCGAUCUACCAGAAUAUCAAGGUGAUGCAGAUGAUGUCAGUAGAUUGAAAUGUGAGGAAGCAAUGAAAUCACUCGGGGGGGCUGUCCUGGUUGAAGACACCUGUCUGUGUUUUAAUGCUUUAGGUGGCAUGCCUGGUCCUUACAUCAAAUGGUUCCUCAAGCCACUGGGACCCAAAGGACUGCACCAGAUGCUGGCUGGCUUCGAUGACAAAACAGCAGAGGCCGUCUGCACGUUUGCCUAUCACAGUGGUCAACCAUGCGACAAGGUGAUGCUCUUUAAAGGGGUCACCAAAGGUCGGAUUGUUGCCCCUAGAGGUCCUGCGAGUUUCGGUUGGGAUCCUUGUUUUGAACCCGAGAAACAUGAGAAGACGUACGCCGAGAUGACGAAGGAAGAGAAGAACAAGAUAUCUCACAGGUUCAAGGCGUUGGACUCGUUCAGGGAAUAUUUGAGAAAUCACGUUUGAAAUAUUUGGUUUCUCUAUAUCUCUACAGAGAGAUUUCCGUAUUAAUCACUCUGCCAAGUCCUUGUUUAAGCUUCUUUUUCAUAGUGUGUUUUAAAUCGUGUUUGAACUUCGAGUGUGUAUUUUUUAAUGUAAUCUUUUUUAGGCCUUCAAGUAAAUUUCAUAUUCCGCACAAAAAGCUUUAAAAACUACAUAGUAUUAUAACUGUUUUCAAAUGUUUGCUAUCCUAUUUUACUAGCUGUUUUUUAUCUAUCUAUUUUUCGUAAAACCUCGUUUAAACGAGCUCUGUGAUAAUGUGUUGUCCUUGGAUAUAAUGAGCAGGUUAAUUAAUAAUUAAUUUUUUUCAUUUAUUCAUGAUUUAAUCUCAUAUCGUUGCUGCUUCUUGAACAUUUUUCUCACGAAUAUUUUCCAGUCGGAAUGAGUAUUGGUUUGUGAGCCAGUAAAUGAAAACCAUAAAAAUUUUCUACUUUAUACAUCGUUUUGUAGCUUUGUUCUUAAUUUAUCGAUACUUAAUUAUCAAAAAUUUAUGAUUUGCACUGAAUAGUAAUAUAUUUAAGUCAUGUACAUAUACAGUAUACACAUAGGACCUUCACCCAUUCAUAUAUAUAUAUAUAUAUAUAUAUAUAUAUAUAUAUAUACACAUACAAUUAUUAUUUUUUUAUUCUUUAAAAAUCAGGAUCUGCCAGACGCAGAAACUGUUACAGCAUGCAAGGCAGUAGUAUAAAAUUAAACUUUAUACAUUUUUUUGAGAUUUUUCGUCAAAGGUACUGACAUUCAUAACUUGAAGUUAUUUAUUGCACGUUAAGUGUCUUUAAUAGUGCCGCAUAUUGGCGUCAUGAUUUUUGAAAUGUUCCAAUUCCAGAUGUACCUACUGUUGAAUCUUUCAAUGCUCCUAUUGAAAUAUCACACUUUUCUCCGCACUUUUCUAUUGUAGUUUUCAAAUAAAUGUAAUUGCAUCUAA